GCGCGCCAACGCUGACGGGCAAAAAAAAAAUGUCAACAAACAAUCAGGCCACUCUCACGUCAUUUUUUAGGCGCAGUCCUUUGAGCACUGUUCACCAAGAUGACGAAAGACCUAGAGGGACUGUGUCAGUUUCCCCAGAGGAACAGUUUAUCCAACAAAGAGGAAAAUUGAGAUCAAGUCCACGAAGAAAAGCUCUAACUUCAAAUUCUCCACGACUCAAAGUCACAGAAAUGGUGGACUUGAUAUCAGACUCUCCUAAUGACAAAAGUGGAUGGACACCAUUAAGAAGAGCAGCUCAGGUGGAUGGAAUCAAAAGAAGAUUGCAGAUGGAGGAGAAAGCUAGCAGAAUGGAUCUAGAAAGUGAGCCCCAAGAUGAGAGCAAUGAACAAGAUGAUGAAGAGUUUGUCCCAAGUAAAAAGAAGAGGCGUACCAAAACAAAGAAAACAGAACAACCAAAUUUACACAAAAGAUUGUCAGCAUUAAGUCGUGAACAGUUAGCAGAAAUCAUAGAAGAUCUUGUAAAGGAUCACCCAGAACUAGAACAAGAAAUAGCAGUCCCUAGUCCAGAUAUUGGCAGUUUGCUGGAAAAUUUAGAGCUCUUCAAAGGCAACAUCUACAAGUCAUUUCCAUACUCCAGGUGGGGCUCAGGAAGGGAUGCAUUCUGUUACAGACGUGUCAAAACCCAUUUGGAUAGCUUUGUUAAAUCAUGCAUUGAUCAAGGAAGACAGCUUGAGGUAUUGGAGUCGUGGCGAGCAUUGAUAGACUAUAUACUGAAAGCCUGGGAGUUCGUGCAUGACCUACCUAACUGGGAUAACCCUGACCAUAACAAAUCUAAGAACAGGUGCUUUAAGGCACUAAGUGGGCAGUGUAAAAGGGCCAUCAGCAAAAGUCACUUAACACAGGCAGAGUACAAGAAAAUUUUGUCCAGGGUGGAAGAAGCUGUGGAAGUUGAUGAUAACAUUUUGCCAUGUGUUGAACUGAUCAAGAAGAAAAGUUCUUAAUUCUUCUGGAUGUGGGAAGCAAAAUUUUGUACAAAGAACAUGGAGUGGUGUAGCAAAAUUUUGUACAAUGUACAAAGAACAUGGUGUGGUGCAGCAAAAUUUUGUACAAUGUACAAAGAACAUGGUGUGGUGCAGCAAAAUUUUGUACAAUGUACAAAGAACAUGGAGUGGUGCAGCAAAAUUUUGUACAGUGAACAAAGAACAUGUAAUGGUGCAGCAAAAUUUUGUACAAUGUACAAAAAACAUGAAAUGGUGCAGCAAAAUUUUUACAAUGUACAAAGAACAUGGAAUGGUAAAGAUUUUCUGAAUGAUUACAGUCAUUGAAAGAUCAUGAUAUGUAAAAAGUCAUCUUAGAAGGCGUGUAUUAAAACAUGAAAUUUGAAUGAAAUGACUAGAAUCUGGUGCUAUAAAGCAAAUAGAGAUUUAGAUCAUUUGUGUGCAUUUAAUGUUGUAUUAGUUACAAGUGAAGUGUACAUUACUUAUGUGGAGUGUCCAUUAUGUGUAGGAACCAUUUUAAUUAGAGCUUGUUAUUCUGUUUAAAUUGUUCUGAAUUGAAUUAAAAAGUGUGUUAUUA